AUGACAACGUCCAAAGACGUGCACCUCUUCCUCCUCAUCCAUGGCCUCUGGGCGGCCCGCACCGAGCUCGAGGCCGCCUGGGCCGCUUCUCUCGGCGACGACAGCGCGGCUCAGACCCCGCCCGACAACGGGUCGCCCCUCAUCACCCCUGCACACUCGCCCGACGCAGAGCCUACCAACCCCUUCACCCACACCCACAGCUUUAUGCCACAGGCUCCCGCCAGUGCUGGCGAAGAACUGGUGGUCGUCGUUGCCGAGGGCAUGACUUCGCAGCUCACGUAUGAUGGAAUCGACGUGUGCGCCAGCCGUGUCGCGUGGGAGGUCGACCAGCACGUUGCACGCCUCGAGGCCGACGGCCGCCGUGUGGCUAAAUUCAGUGUCAUGGGAUAUUCCCUUGGAGGACUCGUCGCGCGUUACCUCGUCGGCCUUCUCAACGCCCGCUCGCCGUCCUUCUUUAACAAGCACGCCCCCGUGUCAUUCACGACGAUCGCGACGCCGCACCUUGGCAUCCCGCGUUACAACACCUUCCUCUCCGUGUGUGUCACGUUCCUUGGAAGCAAGCUCCUCUCCCGCUCCGGAAACCAGAUCCAUGUGGUCGACAAGUAUAGCAAGGAGGACCCGCGUCCCGUCCUCGAGAUCAUGGCCGACCCCAAGCAGGUCUUCCACAAGGGCCUCGCCAAGUUUGACGGCGUUCACAUCUACGCCAGUGUGGUCAACGAUGCUACUGUUCCGUACCCCUCGGCCGCCAUCGAGACGUCCGAUCACUUUGCGCAGUGGGCCGAGCGCGGCCUCAAGGUCGCUGCGGAUGAGGCCGGUAUCGUUAGCGACUGGUACUACCCUGUCUCGGACAAGAAGCUCAAGAAGAAGUGGGCACACAAGAUGGGAACGCUCCCGCCUACCCUCCGUUUCCGCUGGCCUCUGAACUAUAUCAUUCUCGCCCUUUUCCCCCUCCUUGUCCCUCUCCUGUUCAUCCUCAUUGUUCUGCGUUUCUCGCUCGACACCACCCGCUCCCGUCUUCGUCUCCAAGGCCUCGCGCGCACGGGUACCCCUCACAACGCAGAGCACAAGCUCGGCGCGGACAUUGUCUCGCCCAUCCCCUCGCCCAACGGCAUGGGCAUCGAUGCCCUCCGCAACGCCAUCCGCGCGGUGGAGCGUAACCUCGAGCAGGACCUGAUCCAGGCUGCCGAGUACGAUUUCGGCCUGGGCGACACCUCUUCGGCCGCCAUCAAGACAAUCUACAAGCCCGGCAAGCACCAGUACGCCAUGUCCUCGUCCGAGGACAGCAGCUAUGAGGACGACGACGCGGACACGGCCCCGCUCCUGCCCCUCCAGCCUACGGUGCUUGCGCGCCUCACCGACCCCCAGCUCCGCAUGGCAUACUACCUCAACCAGCUCCAGCCCAUCAAGCACCUGGCCUGGUUCCCGGACGUGGCCAACUCGCACGCCGUGAUCAUCGUGCGCGACCCGGGCCGUUUCCCCGUCCACGAGCGCGGACGCGGCGUCCUCAAGCACUGGGCUAGAGUGGUCACGCACGCCGCUGUCCAGGCGCAGGGAACCACCCACUAG